AUGGAGAACAGUUCAACGUUGUUGAAGAAAUGGGGAUUCAUGAGGAACUCAGAGCAGAAGACAGAAUCGGAUACAGACAUUGAUCGGGUUCUCACUUUGCUCAUGUCAAGUCUCAAUAUCUCUGACAGCAGACCCAUCAUCCCUAUGGCCCAUGGCGAACCUUCUGCUUUCUCCUGCUUCAGUAAAAGCCAGUUUGCUGCAGAUGCCAUUGCUGAAGCCGUCCAGUCUGCUAAGUUCAAUGGUUAUUCCCCAACUGGCGGGGUUCUCUCUGGUAGAAGGGCUGUAGCAGAGUACCUAUCUCAGGAUCUUCCAGAAAAGCUAUCCCCUGAUGAUGUAUUCUUGACAAUGGGAUGCAAACAAGCUGCUCAAACCAUAUUAACUGUCCUUGCGGGCACCAAAUCAAAUAUCCUUUUCCCAAAACCAGGCUUUCCAUAUUACGAAGUUUUUGCUCAAUCUUGCCAUUUGGAAACCCGUCACUUCGACCUUCUUCCUGAGAAAGAUUGGGAGAUUGAUCUUGAUUCAGUUGUAGCUGUUGCAGAUGAAAAUACCGUUGCCAUGGUUAUCAUUAAUCCUGGAAAUCCUUGUGGGAAUGUUUUCACACACCAACAUAUAAAGAAGGUUGCCGAGACUGCCAGGAAGCUUGGGAUAUUAGUGAUUGCAGAUGAAGUUUAUGAUCAUCUUGCUUUUGGGAAAAAUCCUUUUGUUCCAAUGGGAGUCUUUGGAUCAAUCACCCCUGUCAUUACACUUGGGUCCUUAUCAAAGCGAUGGGCCAUUCCUGGUUGGCGACUCGGAUGGCUUGUUACGCAUGAUCCUAAUGGCAUACUUAAAGAACAUGGGAUUAUUGAAUGCAUUAAGGGAUACUUCCAUGUAUUCUCCAACCUACCAACGUUUAUCCAGGGAGCCCUUCCUGAAAUACUUGGCAAAAGCAAAGAGGGUUACCCUUCGGAAACUAUUAAUACAAUUAAAGAAGCUGCAAAUUCUUGUUACAAGGGAAUUAUAGACAUCCCUGGUGUAACAUGCCCAAGCAAGCCAGAAGGAUCGAUUUUUACUAUGGUGAAAUUAGAUCUAUCGGUGUUUGAGGACAUUGAGGAUGAUUUGGACUUCUGUCUCAAGCUUGCUAAAGAAGAGUCGGUUUUAAUCCUACCCGGUAUAAGCGUAGGACUCAAGAACUGGCUUCGGGUAACAUUUGUUAUGGAUCAAUCAUCUCUUCAAGAAGGCAUUACGAGGAUUCAAGAUUUCUGCAGAAGGCACUCCCAUAAAGCAUAAAGUGUCAAAUGGUUGUUGGAACAUCGUUCAUGAUCUCCUAAGGUUCUAGAGAAGGAAAUGUCAUGGAUCAGAAAAUGUUGUUUGGACUACACACUAUUAUCAAUUCACGCAGGUACGUGUUGUGUAUUAUGCUCAUGAAUAAAGUCAUAUAGGAAUAUGUUGAAGUUGUAUGUUCGUAUGUUAUAUAUAUGGUUGAACCUAAAUUGCUCUA